CCUGGAGCAUUGUUUCAUAACUAUUAUUACUAAUUUAUUUCCUCUGGUACUUGUCGGCUCCUUACUUUGGUGGUUCGGGUAGUGAAGGAGGGUAUGCAAUAAGCUAAGCUGUAUUGUUUUCAUCGCACUGCUGAUGAUGCCGGGGUUUGUCUGUCUGAAACUUCCGAUGUGCGUUGGCCACACAAGUCCGUUGAUGAGGUGUUUUAAACUGUUUUUCCCUUUUUUCUUUUUGUGCUGAAAAAAUAGAAGGGCAAACAUGGUGGUGAAAACGACAUUUGGGUGCCUUCUCCUCUGGUCACGAAGAGUGAGAACUUCUUCGAUGAUGAUGAGGUUGUUGCGAGGAGUUUGCAGGAGGUUUCCCUGAAUACUGCGAGGAGAUAGGUCAGGCAGAUGUAAAUGGGUAGAAGUAUGCAGUGCUCUAUACACGCCAGUCGUUCCUCAUGUUCGCUUGAUAGAGGGACGAUACUGCUCAUGCCGAGGAAGGUGUGUGCCUUUGUGAUCGAAGGUUUUUGACUGAAGAGGUUUUUUAUCAAAGAGGUACACACCGAAAUGAGGAAGUGCAACGGUUUCCAGCUGGUUUCCUUUUGUUUUUCAGGCAGCAAAGCUUGUGAUUGGAAUCUCUCUCAUCGUGGGGGUGGCAAGAACCUUGCCCGAAUUAUCGGUGAAGAGUUUACGCGGAUAUGGUCUUGAACAACUGGCAUAGCGACACAUGUUACGUUGCCCAAUUCUUCGGUGUGGAGCUCACCCAGAUGUUAUCGUCAACAAGGAGACGAACAGCAGCAAAGUGCCGAGAUGGGGAGGAUGGGCAUGGGAAGCUGCCAUUGGGAACGGCCCGUCCGCAUGCACGGGUGACCAAGUACAGAGUGAUGAGGGGGGUAGAGCAAGGGUCUGGACAUCAGGCAGUAUGUGAUGGAUCUCUGGAUUCCAGACGGAUGCGGACAUGUAUCUUUCGCGGAAGGGUGGUUGGUUACAUACAGAGUGGAAUGAGGGGAGUAGAGCAAGGGUCUGGAGCGGAGUGGGAAUGUGAUGGAAAGGUUUCUUUAGCAUGCAAGACAUAUAUCGUUCGCAGAUGGGUGACUACAUGCAGAGUGGAAUGAGGGGAGUACAGUGUACACAUGUAUCUCUGGAGGGAGGGUGAACUGCUGCCCAUGAUGCUCCAUGCUAUUGUUACAUCUCAAUUGUCUCUAUUCUUCAUGCCCAGCACGAGGAUGGUGACGACAUCCUCAUGUCACCUAAUUGUUGGGCCUCAGUUAGUGUUCCUUUAUUAAUUGGGUGAUCAGUUUGGCCGCAGGUACUUCUCCUUUCAAGUGCUUUGCCUUGGCACUUCCCACACAUUGCAUUCUUUAUUUCAGCGGCUACUGUUUCACACGAGGCAGCUGGAGUGUGAUCAUGUUGACGAGAAUAAUGACACAUAGGCAGGCAGAGGGGAGCUCGUUAUGCAUAUCCCUCAGCCGGAGAGAUGGCCGGCCGGAAUAUGGUGGUCCAUUGAAUGUGCGACUGCGUUUGUCGUUGACAUUUCCAGGAAGAAGUAUGUCGCCGCGGCUGAUUUGUGACUGUCCUCGCAGAAGAGGUUACGAUUGCUCUGCGGUGUCAUGGCAUUUGCUCGCUGCUGCAAUUUGAGUAUAUAUAUUUACUAUUUAGGGUGCUGCCAUGCAUAUCUGAUGGAUGGGUGAUGGACAACUGGGUCAAUCAAGGGCUAACGACUGCUGUCAGGCACUGAAUAGUUUAGCGGCCAAGCCGGAGUGAAGGAGUUCUGCCUCGUGUUCUGGAGUUGAUUGAGGUGCACUGGCGAUCGAGUGGCUGAUUUAUGGGAUAAGGUAUGCUGAACAAACAAUUAUUUGGGCGUUCCUUUGUGAAUGCCGGGGAUUGGGAUUGGGGGCAUAAUGAAAGGGGGUUUGGGGUGGGGUGGGCUGGGGAUUAGAGUUCACAAAGGGCUGUGUCUUUGGGUAUUUCGCUGUUCAGGCUCUCCUCCUAUGGGAUGAAAUCCCAUGACAUGAUAACGAUGUAAUAAUCUUUUGUUCUUGAAUCAUGCAAUUAUUUUUUGUAUCCUCAAAAGACUCGCUCCCUUCUGGAAUUGUCAUUCUUCAGCUUUUCUAUGGGACUAUUGAGUGCAGCAGUUUGUGAGUCACAAAAACUGGGAUUCCAGUGUGUGUGAGCCCUGCGGUUAACAAGAGCCCUAUAAUGCAUAGCCUGCGGCAUAAUGAAGGGCUUCCCUACUU